CUGAGGGCUUACCAAAUUCCUCUCUCUUGUUGUAACCAAGACCCGAGUUUUGCAAAGACUUUGAACUGUUUGUAGAUUGCGUUGCAACAAACGGGUCUGCACCAUGGGCCGCCCCAACCGUUCAGAUGUUGAUCGACGUGGGAAUCGCCCGCGCAAAACAACGCACAAGCAAGCGUUGGGCCGAACAAGCGACAGCCAAUAUACGGUUGCUGGCGGACCUUCAGUCCAGAAAAAUACUUCAAAUGAAACCGAUCAGAGCAACAAGCAGUCUACCGAAUCUUUGCUUGACCCGUACGAGAUCGAUCAAUGGACCAGUCCUCUGAAGACUGCAAUAUUCAAUGUUGACUACGACAAAGUCCAUGCGCUUUUGAAGAAUUCGUUCGACAGGGUUGCUAUUGGCGAAUAUGCAUGGCUCUUGGAGCUAAAGCUCUUGGACCUUUCAAUGGAUGAAAUCGCCGACGAAUUGUUGGAAAGAUCCCAACACGGGCCUUGGAUCUAUUCCGAGUUCAAUGUGCCCGAUGUUGAAGAGUACCGUCGCGGGUUUCAUCUCCCGAGAUGUCUUCAUGCUCUGAAGGAGCAUGAAACAUUGUCGAUAGCACCAGAACGCUCAAGCCAGGCUCUGGUGAGUCUCGAGGCUGACUGCGAGAAUUCAGUUCGUGAAACUAUUGGCUACUUAUGCGGCAUCGGCGGCGUCAGUCCUCUACCUGAUGGGUCGCCCAGCCUACAGUUUGGGUCUGUUGUCUUUGAAAAUGCCAAUACAACUGCGAUCGUCUCACUGAGCAAAAGAGAAUCACCCCAGACUGUUCCAGAUAUUUUGCAGCAUCUGGAGAAGGCCAUCAGAACCCUCCAGCAAGUCGGUGGGUGUUGCGACUCCUUUACCUUUCUCGCUACGCAGGGGACGUUAGUUGAGCUCAAACGAAUAGACACCGACAGCGCAUCCAGACUGGAACCCUUCAUAUCACGUACGAACCCAGAGGCCAGGCUCGAGGACUGGGACCCAAAGUUGCUGGAGUCACUGACCGUGCAAUCCCUGUCUCUCGCCUUCGCUCUUUACGCGCAAGGCCAUUGCGAGCCCUUUAGGCCUUUCUUUCUUGACACCUCCCUGGAGAAAAUACUGCUUAUCGGAAACCAGAUUUGGAGCCCAUCUUUUGAUGGGCCUUGCGUACUCGCUACUCCCGUAGAGCUGAGCUGUUUUGGUGAAAUGGUUCAGCGUCGAGUCUUUGCCUUUCAGUACUUUGAGUCUUUUGAAAGAUCGAAGGUAUUCGAGGGUUAUGAUCAGAAAUUAGACUUGCUAGCGUGCCCUGAAGACUUGCUGGAUACCUGGGGUCCUGGUGAUUUCAUCAUCCCAAAAGAUGACCCAAAAAGCCUACACGCAAUAUCCGUUGGAGGCGGCCUAAUUACCCGUGCCUCGACAGAAACAGAAAAGGACCACAUGCCAGUUCUACACUGGAGCCUAGCAUCGAAAGACAGUAUAAGGUUCACUUCAACCUUUCCUCGCAAUGAAAAAAUGGUCAUCGGGUUAAGAGUCUCGAUAAACCAAGCCUGCAGAUCGACCCCUCAAGAGCAAGUUCGGAAGUCUAUUCCCUGGUUGAAGGAGCUAGGAACAUUUCCAAGCUACUGGGAAGUAUCCGAACGGCAGAUAGGACUUGGCUUGCAGGCUGGACAAAGCGCUGUAGGGAUACUGAACUUCGCCCAGACAUGGGUAAAGAGACUGGGUCAAACCAAGAAGUCCAACAUUCUUGCCAAGAGAUCCCUUUCCAUUGUCGAUCUAGAAGGGCCUUUCGCUGUGCAGGUUAGCUUCUGUACUGGUAUCGCCCGACGGGUACAGCUGCGAGAACUCCUAGCCGAUGUCUUACCCGUCUACGUUGCGGAUCUCGUGACACAGCCAUGCUACUGGAGGAGACUUCAAGAUUGCAAUAUCUGCAAGAUCUUACGAGCUACUGAUUUCAGGACAUGCUAUCAAAAGCUAGACCGUGAAUUGCAAGCAGAAUUCGAGACUCUUGCCAUCGACAUUCUGUUUUUAUUGCGAGACACAGGUGUAGAUAGGAAGGGUGAGAACUUUAUCAUUGGUUGCAUCUCUCAAGGACUAGAAGCACAAUGUUUUAAGAUCCCUGUCGAAAAUGAGAGCUUCUGGGCUCGAAUACUUGCCGAUUCCGAGGACAUAGCGACUUUCGCUUAUGUAACGACAAGAUGCUUCGAAUUGGACCUGGCUGGAUGCCGAGGCCCUGAUGAACGGUGGAUGAACAGAACAGCCCUCCUCUCAACAGCCGUUUCACUGUGCCAAGACCGCAUGGUCACGCAGGAAAUAGUAGCACAACAAACAAGCUGGACUCUGAGGGACUCAGAGGCGUAUCUCAUCGGACGAGUCGACGCACCUUCACUCGUGCGAGUAAUUCGACCCAACAUCCAGGAUGAGCCGGAAUUGCUGGUAUCAAUGAGCACAAUCGUUGCCCCGUUUUUAAGAAGGUGGAGCAGGAAGCAAGGGUAUAAAAGGCCAUGGAGGUUGCGAGAGAGCAGAGCUAUAGACCAUCAGCAUCAGAGGGCUGAGAGUGUUGUUGUGUCUGCUGACUAUGAAAAUCCGUAGUGAAUUAGUGGAAAGAUGCAACCGGUUCUUAUUUUAUAACAUAUAUUCGAGGGGAGCACGGAUGGAUAUAGACCGGCAAUAGGGCGAUAGAGCUAUAGUAAGACAAGACCCAAAUGGCUGUGUGUUUCUCAUAUCUCGGAUAUCCUGAACUCAUUUGAGAUAACAAACACUCAUUUGCACUAGGGAGAACUAGCUCGCGAGUUGUAAGUGUUUGCUGAAAUAUUCUAUACCGUCAAUGACAAUGUGCGUAGCUUGACCUUAUCCCAUC